AUGAAACACCAACUUGCUCUAAAUCGGCUGUCCAUGACUUACUCUUGGUACAACAUUAGAAGUGAUUAUAAAAACAAUAAAAUCAAAUACACUCAUGAUGGAACCAACUGGCAAACAAUUACUUUUACAGAUGGAAUGUAUUCCUACUCUGAUAUUAAUGAUUAUAUUCAUCAAUACAUGACUCAAAAAAAUCAUCACACAACAGAUUCCAAAGGAGAAAAAAAGUAUUCAAUCAAUCUAACUUUUAUUCUAUCUACCUAUCGAAUUCUUAUAUCACUUGAUGGUGAUUAUCAACUUGAUCUGAGAGGAACAGAAUUUGGAGACCUGAUUGGAUUUGAAAAGAAACUUAUUACAAAAACAGAGUAUGGAUCAAAACUACCAAAUAUCACAAAUUCGAUUGAUGUGUUAAAUAUUAACACAAGCGCAAUAACUGAUAGCAUUGUAAAUGGAAUAAAUACAAAUACUCUUGCUGUGAUACCAACAGACAAUCUAACAAGGUCUUUUCCAUUUACGUUUGAACCUAAAAGACCAUUGUAUUGCCCUUUAUCAUCAUUUCACAUUGAUGAAAUGAUAGUCUAUGUGACAGACUCACUUGGAAGACCAGUAAAUUUUAAUGGUAUUGAUUGGUUUAUGACUUUAAUACUCCAUUCAAUGUAAUAUAACUAUUAAAAUAAAAUGAUGCGACAAUCAGAGUUUAAAAUGAGAUUUGACCCAGAACUGGGAAAAUACACAAGACAACAUAUUUACAGAGAAGGAAUGAUGGAUGUGUUUAAAUCGUUUGGUUCAAAAUUAUUUGGAAAAACAGUCAAAUCAGCUGUUAAAAAAGGAGCUAAAAAGCGGUAACAGCAGCUGCAACAAAAACCGGUGAACGUGUUGGCAAAAAGGCUGGUGAUAAGAUAGUGCAAAUGUUAUCAAAAAGUAAAAAUAAACCAAAAGUUACUUUUAAUGAAAAUGUUGAAACAAUUCCAAGUGAAAAAGAGUUAAAUCAAAGAUUGAUUAACCUUCUUAGUAGAGGUUCAACACGUAAGAGAAAAUUAUAUAAUUAUUAAAAUAAAAUGAAGUCAUUUAGAAAUCCAAAAUAUUUAGAUAGAUAUGAAGAUGUUGUAUUUGACCUGGAACAGACUUUAGAUACAGCCCCAGCAAAUAACGCUUACCAAACGAAAACAUGUCUUAGAUUUGUUGCUGAUUACACAGGAGAAACUACUCCUUUUGAUUGGUAUAACGCACGAUUAUCAAUGGAUUUUAAGGUAAAUAAGCUGGCAGAUGGAGGAAAUAUUGCGGCUGCCGACCAUAACGGAAUUGUAAAUGGUAGUAACUCCUUUAUAGAAAAAUUAAGUAUCCUGGCAAAUGGUCGAGAAGUUUAUAGUUGUAAUUAUGCAAAUCAUGUUGUAAAUAUUAAAAAUUUGCUUGAGUAUAAUCCUUCAUAUGCACAGAGUGUUGCUGCAAACGAAUUUUAUUUUCUUGAUACAUCAACAGCUGCAGAGGAAAGACCUGCUCAAGCAACUUAUAAUAAAGGUUUUCAUCAAAGGAAAUUACUAUUAGGUGCAUCAGCCACAGUAAAUUGUGAAAUUCCUUUUAAUAGAUAUUCUUUCUUUGAAGCAUUGGAAGAUAAACUACUUCCUAAUACAAAAAUUGAGCUAAGUAUCGAAAUUGAAAAAGAUGCAAAUUUAAUUUUUCAAGGUGCUGAUGAUUGUAGAGUUAUUAUAACAAGACUACAACUUUUUAUUCCAAAACUUACGUUUAAUUCAGAAGGACAAAAGUUGUACAUGGAAAAUUAUCUUAAACCUUACAAAUGGACAUAUUUGAAUGAAGUAGUUGAAAGGUCAAAUAAUACACAACAACAAACAGGACAUUUUGGAAUUACAAAUGCUAUUUCAAAGCCAAGGCAUGUAUUUGUUUUUGGAAUUGAUACAGCAAGAAUUGAUGAACAAACAGCAAAUCCAUUUCUAUACGACACUUUUAAUUUACCAAAUAAUGCUAAUAUAAGAGAUUGUCACCUGGAAGUUGCAAAUGGAAACGAAUAUCCAUUUAUUCACUUUAAACCUUCUACAGAUAUGUCAAGAGUUUUUAGAAAUGUAAUGUCAUACGUCUAUGCAAAUAAUGAUUAUCAAGGUGGAACAUUACUUAAUAUAAGUAAUUUUAAAUCUUUAUUUCCUUUUGUUUAUUUUGACCUGACAAAACAAAAAAAAAUGGAUAUCAAAGAUGGUGUUACAAAACUAGCAUUUCAUUACGAAUUAACUGCUAAUCCAAACGCUGAUUAUAAUAUUUACGCAUUAGUCUUACAUGAAAGAGUAGCAGAAAUAUCACAACAAGAUGGAAAACUAUUGCUUCGUGCUUAGAUUUAAUAUAAUUCUAUAAAUAAAUGACUACUUAUAUUGAAUACGGAGUAACACUUACAGAUGGGCAAAAGUCAAAACUGGCUUCUGCAAUAAUAAAUAAAUCACCACUAACUCUUCGGUUAAAACAUUCAUAUCUUCGAGGUUCUGAUGAGUUAAUGUUAACAAAAAGACAAAUUGACAAAAUAAAAAAAUCUAUUGCAAAUGGCACAGGAUCAGAUAUAAAGAUAAGUAAAACACAAAUUAGACGUUCCGUAAAACAUGGUGGAAACUUAUUUUCAGCACUUGCUUCUCUUGGAACAAAAGUACUACCAUAUGCAAUAAAAGGAAUUUCAAAAGCUGUUCCUGCAUUAGCAACUGGUGCUGCUACUGCACUUGGAGAACUUGGAAUAAAUAAAAUAUUUGGAAAAGGAAUUACAAUUCCAAAAAAGUUUUUCCCAAUGUUGCCAGCUUUUAGAGGAGAAUUAACCAAAUCACAAAUAGACCUAAUAAACAAAAUUUAUCAAUCAGGUGGACGACUGGUUAUCAAACCAACUCGUAAACAGAUAGAAGGGGGAUUUCUGGGAACACUUGCUUCUAUUGGUAUUCCAAUGGCAAUUAGUUUAGUAUCUAAGAUGUUUGGCUCUGGACUUCAGGUUGAUAGACAUUCAUCAUCUAAUACAGCAAAUGUUUACGUUCCACAUCCUCCUCCACCAACACGUGGUGAAGGUUAUCCUUAUCGCUCACCACCCUUUUUUUUGGUACUUGGGAAAACCCAAUAG